UGUAUUUCUCUGCUGUGCAGAGAAAUACACAGCAGCAUGCAUGUGCUUAUUGGCAGGAGAGAGAACUGUGUUGUUUACACACAGGUCUCUCUCCUGUCAGGAAACAUGCAGCUGUGUAUUUCUCUGCUGUGCAGAGAAAUACACAGCAGCAUUUUGGAAAACUUUAGGACACGCGCAGAACCUCUUGAUCCCCCCCCCCAGUUAACCCCUUCACUGCCCUGUCACCAGAGUCAUUAGUACAGUGUACAGAUUUUUUGCUGAUCACUGUGUUAGUGUAACCGGCAACUUCUGAUAGCGUUAGCAUCAGUUAGAGCCCUCCCAGAUAGCAUCAGAUUG